AUCAUGGCUGGCCAUACCGAGGCUGGAAGGUACUCCACUGGAUCCGACUCUCUUCCUGGAGACAAAGGAGUCGCCCAACACAUCGAGCAGAUCCAGACAAGAGAUUCCGAGCACGGUCAUGCUGGCUACCUUGGGAAAGACGGUCUUCGUACCGAUAAUGAUGAUCAGGUCUGUCCCUUCGUCGGCUCGCUUAGCGACAUCUUCGGUCGAAGAUACGUCGCCAUCGUCGGCGCAGCCUUCAUAGUGCUUGGCAUGAUCAUCUGCUCCACUGCUCACACCAUGAAUGUCUUCAUCGGCGGCAUGUUNGUUCUGACGGCCGUCUUCUAUUUCCCACCUCCCAGAGUCAACUCUCAGGGCCUCUCAAAGGCAGAGGUCCUCAAGCAAGUUGACUACGUUGGCGGCCUUCUAAGUGUUAGCGGUAUGAUCCUGUUCAUGGCUGGGUUGCGUGAGUUGUCUGAUCUCGAACUUUUGCUAGACCAAGCUAACGUACUGAANGAAUGGGGCGGAUACCAAUACCCAUGGAGCAGUGCUCACGUUCUGGCUCCCCUGAUCCUAGGAAUCGUACUCCUCAUCGCCUUCGGCGUCUGGGAAGCUUACGGUGCCAAAUACCCGAUGUUCCCCAAGCGUCUUCGUCAAGAACCCCGAAUCUUAGCUCUCACAUUGCUCAUCACCUUCAUCUCGGGGGCAAACUUCUUCAGUUUGCUUAUGUUCUGGCCUACAGAAGCCAUCAAUGUCUAUGGUCAUGAUCCAGUAGGUGUAGGUAUUCGAGGACUUCCGGUUGGUUUCUCCAUCCUGGCAGGCGCUUGCAUCGUUCUCUGGCUUCUCUCGGUAUUCCGUGGACACAACAAGGUCUUGAUGAUUGUUUCUUCGGUCCUCAUGACAGCUGGCUGCGGAGCGCUUGCGAUCGCUCGUGUGGACAAUCUAGGUCAACUCUGGGGAAUCCUUGUGGUCGCAGGUCUCGGUAUUGGUGGCAUCGUUGUACCUGCUUCAAUCAUCACUAGUAACNNCAUCAUCUGCCCAGACGACCUCAUUGCUACCGUAGCAGCAUUGACUCUGGCCAUCCGUGUCAUCGGUGGAUCUAUCGGAUAUACGGUAUAUUAUAACACAUUUAUCUCGCGGUUUGUGCCAUCGGCCACGCACUACAUCGGCGGAACGAUGAUCUUCAAGUUGAACAUCACAAGCCCAGCCGUCAUCAAAGCGGCAAUCGAACUUACAGGCGCAAGUCUGCUGACGGAACUGGAAACACUCCCAGGCAUCAAGGGUGUUCCUGGAGCAUACGAGAUGGUUGUGAUUGCCGGCCGAUUGGCAUACGCAGAAGCAUACAAGUAUGUAUACUACGUGUCGAUCGCUUUCGGAGCCGUGUCCAUCAUCGCAGCCUGCUUCCUAGGGGACAUCAACAAGNUACAUGGACGACCACGUCGCAGUGGUAAUGCACUGAUGCGGCUUCCAGCUAAUUUGCUUAGCAAGCGCGUCGAGAUGGAGCCGAUCGUGAAAGCAACCAUCCAAGCAGCAGUUCUGAGCGCCAUCUCAAACAUCCUCGCUCAGCUCAUCUCCUGUCAUCGCAAAGGCGUAAGUGCAUUGGGACAUGAUCCUUAUAGGACUCGACUGACAUUGAGGGGCAGNCAUGGCUACAGCCUCGACACUGGCCCGCUGGUCACCUUCGUAGCAUUCUCGCUCCUCUCAUGCCCGCCCAACUACCUGUGGCAGUCCUGGAUGGAAUCCACCUUCCCCGGUUACACUUCGCCCGACGACGCCGGAACUGUAGCAAGCAUCGCUCAACAGCCUCAAGUCAAGAGCGCCCUCGACGCCGCCGCCCCAACCCUGCAGCGCAUCGAAGAGACGGCAAGCCCGGUUCUGCAGAAGGCUUCGGCAGCCACCACUGCUCUGGCAGACAGUGAUGCUGUGAAGAACGCCAGACGCCGUGCUAGCGAGGGCUUCGACACAGUCAAGGCAAAGGCAAAGGAGCUCGAGGCUCGCGCCGGCAUCAACCAGUCNCCCGUGGUCAAACUCCCUACUCGCUCACAGACCUUCAGCACCCCCGAUGGUCAAGCUGUCGAGAAGAAGAUCGAUGCCACCUUUGCUCAGCCUCCUGCUUCUGCAAACCCCAAGGCUCUGAGCAUCAAAAACACCGCCAUCAAAUUCGCUCUGGACCAGACCUUCGGAGCCGCUGUCAAUAAUGCCUUGUUCAUCGUCGGCAUUGCUUUCCUGAAGGGCCAGUCUGUCGAACAUGCGCUCUCCGCACUGCAGACUAAGCUCUGGCCCCUUGUUUCCAUCAUAAGCUUCACCCUUGUUCCUUUUGAACACCGUACGCUGUUCGGUGGCGUCAUUGGUGUUGGCUGGGGCGUGUUCCUGAGUCUCAUGGCUAAUGACAAGUAG